AAUCAUCAUAGCUGAAUUUGAAGUCGCUAACUGAACAACAGUAUGGAGUACGGCGAGGACCAGAUACUUUCAUUUUAAUUGAAUUUUGGCAUGAAUUGUUAUAACCGAACAAGAAAAGUUUGAAUGUCAAGACCUGGGCAGAGAAACUAACUAAGCUUUCCAGCUACAGUGAGCGCGAGAGGUUAGCCAGCUAGGGAAAUUCAUUGGGUUGUUUCAGGUCUUACAUAAAAACAGGUAACGUGAAAUUGCACUCGGAACUUUGCUCUACAGAACGUUACUCCCAGGAAACCGUCCUUUUGCCUUCUAAUGACUUUUAAAGUCUGCCAACCUCCGAUGAAGGAUUUGAGUUGCCAACAAUGUUUAGCUGACUAGAAGUACAUACCUGGCGUUACUUGCUGUUAUUUGGGGAGGCGUAACGCCGUUGUCAGCCAAACAAGAGGAUUGACUCGACUUCUACUUCCUCAGUUCGUGAAUUACUGUACUAGUUUAUUCAGCAAAGCUGGGUAGGUAAAUCGGCAUUACAGUGCCGUAACAGAGUCCGAAUAUAUCGCUUUUGAAAAACGGGAUGUCUACAUACAAACUAAUUUGACAUUUUAGCAAAUGCUUGGUGCGUAAUAUAUUCGGCUGUCGUGGAAUGAGGCCUAACCAGCUCUUCUAUUGGAAAACGACACUAAUCGUUCAAUAUGGCACAUGCAACGUUAUAGUCUGAAAUAUUUGGGAAGUCUACAUACAAACUAUUUUGAAAUUUUAGGAGUCACCAGUUUGGUGCGUAUUCUAUUCGGCUAUCGCGGAACGAGGCCUAACCAGCUCUUCUCUUGGAAAACGACAGGAGUCUUUCACGAUGGCACAUGUAACCUUAUAACGUUAGUCUGAAGACGUUUUGUGAGAAGGAGUGUUUUUGAACACAGUUUGCUAUGUGUAAUAUUCCAAGAUGAACAUGGAGAACGUAAUCCAAUCUCACCAGUCGGCGCAGUUUGUCCACCCGGUAUACAACCCUGGAGCAGCGGGUAUAUGCCCUGAAAUGCUCGAGGUGGCAGAGGAAGCAAACCGGGCAGGUGACUACGACCUUGCUGCAGAGAUCUAUAGUUCUCAGCUGGCGGACCUCCAGCAUCCAGACCGGGGCCUCUGUUUGCGCAAAGCUGAGGCUUUGGCCCAGACCGGGCGGAUAGCAGAGGCGCUUGACUCGUACUGCACCGCGGCCAACAUUGGCGAACUUCGGCCAGGCGAAUUGCAGCUUCUGGUUGAAAACAUAGCACGGACUCUUCGCGAGAAGGAGCUGACGUUAAACAUUAAUUCGAAGGCAACGAGUUGUCAUAAUAGUGGGAAUGGAAACAAUGGGGUUGAGGCCGAUGGGACGUUUGAGGAAGAACCCUUGGACUUGUUUUCAUGUCGCCUUUGUAGGUGUUUACUGUCAGAACCAACCACCUUGGAGUGCGGCCAUACGUUUUGCAAACAUUGUUUAGAAGAAGAAACUGUCAAAGACUGCAUACAAUGCAAACAUAAACUGAACAAAAGAGACGGACAGAUCCUGUCCAUUGGGUUUAGAGUAAACGUCAUUCUCAGUAGUUUGUUGGAUAAAUGUUUCGACUCUGAAAGUAAAGCCAGGAGACAUUGGAUAGAAGGUGAGGUCUCACGAAAGAAGCACGAUUACACUGAUGCCCUGGACAAAUACAACAAAGCCGUAGAACUGGCGCCAUCUAUAGGUAGGCUACUGGGACAGCGUGCUGAGCUGCACAUGGACAGUAGGAACUACAGCCAGGCCAUCCAGGACGCAGAGAGCUUGUGCAGACUCAAACCUCUCUGUCCAAAGGCCCACUACAUCAAGGCCUCAGCCCUGAGUAAAGCCAACUACAAUGAUGAGGCCUUAAAGGAGUACUUCAUGUGUGUAGCACUCAAGCCUGAUUGGGUGAGAGUGAAGCUGGAAGCUCAGAAGCUGCUUAGUGAGCUGUUCUCGUCAGCGUUUGAAAAAGACGGUCAGCCCACUCCCCUACAUCCCCUACAGGGUGGUCCCUCCACUCGCCGCCUUAAGCCCCCCGCCCUGCUCAGCUCUCUACACCCCCUCACCACCCGACAGAGGCCUGGCUGCUCCUCUCAGGACCCAGCAUUCAGUGCGAGUUCUCCUUGCGAGGGUCCCUCCUACUCCUCCAAACACCCCCUGUCCCCCAGCAGUGAAGCUGAGAAGCCUCUGCUAGAAGACGCCAAGAGCCUGGCCAGUGUCCUGGCUGCCCUGCCUGCCCCCCCAGGAGGCCUCAAGAGGAGACAUAGUGGGGACAGCCCAGCCUUCAACGCCCCCUCCAAACUGCCCAGACCAGAUCAAGCCUAUUCCUCCUCUCACCCUCCUGCUGCUUCCCCCGGGAGGAGGACAGUGACUGCAGACCUGCUCGACAGUAGAGAUAUGGAGUGCUCCCUCUGUAUGAGGCUGUUCUAUGAGCCCGUCACCACCCCCUGUGGACACACCUUCUGCCUCAAGUGUCUGGAGCGCUGUCUGGACCACAACCCCAAUUGCCCUCUCUGCAAAGAGAACCUCUCAGAGUAUCUGGCCACUAGAGGGUACAACAAGACCCUGCUGAUGGAGGAGGUGCUGCAGCGUUACCUUGGAGACGAGCUGGAGGAGAGGAAGAAGAUCCACGAGGAGGAGAUGAAGGAACUGUCGAACUUGAACCAGGAAGUGCCAAUCUUUGUGUGCACCAUGGCCUUCCCCACCAUCCCCUGUCCAUUGCACGUCUUCGAACCAUGCUACCGCCUCAUGAUCCGCCGCUCCAUGGAGACCGGAACCAAACGGUUUGGCAUGUGCAUCGCUGACGAGUUGAAGGGUUUCGCUGACUAUGGCUGCAUGCUGGAGGUCCGGGAUGUUAAGUUCUUCCCCGAUGGGAGGUCCGUGGUCGACACCAUUGGAGUGUCCCGCUUCAAAGUGCUGAGCCACGGUCAGAGAGACGGAUACAACACGGCCAAGAUCGACUACCUGGAGGAUAAGAAGGUGGAGGGCCAGGAACUAGCAGAGCUGCAGAAGCUUUAUGUCUCUGUGUACGACCAGGCCAGUGGCUGGUUCACCUCCCUCAAAGAUAACAUGAAGAGCCAGAUAAUCAGCCACUUUGGACACUUGCCCUGGAAGGACCCUGACCCACAGAGUAAUCCCAGUGGUCCAGCGUGGGCUUGGUGGCUGUUGGCUGUUCUGCCUCUGGAUAACCGUGCCCAGCUCACCAUCCUGGCAAUGCCGUCCCUCAAGGACCGCCUCAUUGCCAUCCGCAGGGUCCUUAUCUUCGUCACGCGCAAGAGACCCCGAUGACCGCUCAGCCGCCUCCAUAACCGCUAGGACCAUGCAUGGUCAUUCACUUGUUCAUUAAACCCACUCAUCAGACUUGAUAUGAGGGCGAUGCCUUUGACUCCCUUAGACAUUAGGUUUGACUGAAUUAUGUCACGCUAUCUCUCAGCUUCCUCUGUCCCCUCUCUUAGGGAGGGAAUAAGAUGUCAAGAUAAUAGAACUGGUGACUGUCAUGAUGCACCAGAACUAAGCUGACCACAUAACUGUGUCGAGUCCAUGAUGGUGUGACUUAUACAAUUUUCUUAAUAUUGUACAUUUAGUAUAAAAACAAAUAUUUAAAAAAGACCUGACACGUACCAAAAGAUAAUUUGUUUGACUGAAAAAUAAUACAAAUCGGUAUUGUAUUGGGUUGUCUUUAGUUUGGAUGUUGUUAUGUUUCUGUUCAAUCCCUGCUGACUAUGGUGAGAGACACAUGUAAGACCAAGAGAGAUAGAAACCACCGAAUGGAGUAGAAGGUCUACAUAUGAGAAUGUGCUCCUGUUUAAAUGGCUUUUCUGCACUCAUUUCUACAUGACUAGGGAUAUAGAUGCAAAACCUGAAGCUCUGCGUCUAGCCCAGGCAUGUGCCUCAAUAGAGUGGUGAAGUAGUAGUGCAUCUGAAAGAAAUGCAAGCGUCCUGAAAUUGGUAUGUAUGUAGAUGGAAGAGAUUUGGGGUUAAACUCAGUUAUUGGUAGACAUAAUCUAAAUGUAACUUUUUUUUAUUUUAUUUAUUUUUUACUUUCAGUAAAAUUAAGACAUUAAAACAAUUUCCCUACUGUAACUUGACAUUGUUUAUGAACAUGUAAUCAAACUAUGAUAAUCUGAAUGAUAGUCCAAAACAACAAUGGUAAUGUAUGUACUGUAAGUGUCUCUGGGAAGGAAAUGGGGUUAAACUAUUCUGUUUCAUGUCUUGUUUCUCUUCUGCUAUGUAUAUUAUGUGUGGUCAAUGUGAAUUGGAUGAUUUAACUGUGUGAUUAUCAAUGUUAAAUCUGAGGCCUUUACAAUGUCUUAUUUAAGUGUAAUUAUUUAGUUGUUUCUCCUGAUCUGUAUGACACGUGUAGCGCCUCUUUUGGCUGGUGUUAUGACUUGUUUAUUUCUGAAAGGAGAUAUAGCAAUUUUUUUCUGGAUCAAGAGAUGCCUGAGAUGUAUUUGGUUUCUGAUUGUUUUCCUUGAAGUGUUCAGAAAGAAAGAUUUAGCUAUCGUCAUUUCAUUGCAAUGUGACAUUACAUGACCAAAAGUAUGUGGGCACCUUGUUGAACAUCUCAUUCCAAAAUCAUCGGCAUUAAUAUGGAGUUGGUCCCCCCCCUUGCUGCUAUAAUAGCUUCCACUCUUCUGGGAAGUCUUUCGCAGCAAUGUUCCAUCAUUUAGUGGGUGACUUGCCUCCGUUCAGCCACGAGCCUUAGUGAGGUCGGCACUAAUGUUGAGCGAUCAGGCCUAUUUCGCAGUCAGCGUUCCAAUUAAUCCCAAAGGCGUUAGAGGGGGUUGCGGUCAGGGCUUUGUGCAGGCCAGUCAAGUUCUUCCACACCGAUCUUGACAAACCAUUUCUGUAUGGACCUCGCUUUGUGCACAGGGGUAUUGUCAUGCUGAAACAGGAAAGAGCUUUCCCCAAACUGUUUUCGCAAAGUUGGAAGCACAGAAUGCCAUUGUAUCCUGUAGAGAUUUCCCUUUACUGAAACCAAGGGGCUUAGCUCGAACCAUGAAAAAUGGCCCCAGACCAUUAUUCCUCCUCCACCAAAAUGUAUAGUUGGCACUAUGCAUUCGGGUAGGUAGCGUUUUCCUGGCAUCCGCCAAACCCAGAUUCAUCCGUUGGACUAUCAGAUAGUGAGCAUGAUUCAUCACUCCAGAGAGUGCGUUUCCACUGCUCCAGAGUCCGAUGACGGCGAGCUUUAGACCACUCCAGCCGAUGCUUGGCGUUGCGCAUGAUGAUCUUAGGCUUUUGUGCAGCUGCUCGGCCAUGGAACCCCAUUUCAUGAAGUUCGUUGAGAGCAGUUCUUAUGCCGAUGUUGCUUCUAGAGGCUGUUUGGAACUUGGUAGUGAGUGUUGAAACCGAGGACAGACAAUUUUUACUCACUACGCGUUUCAGCUCCGAUGUUCCGUUCUUUGAGCUUGUGUGGCCUACCAAUUUGCGGCUGAGCCGUUGAUGCUCCUACACGUUUCCACUUCACAAUAACCGCACUUACAGUUGUUGACCAGGGCUGAAACUUUAUCAAUUGACCUGUUGGUGUCUUAUGACGGUGGCACGUUGAAAGUCACUGAGCUCUUCAGUAGGGCCUUUCUACUGCUAUGUUUGUCUAUGGAGAUUGCAUGGUUGUGUGCUCGUUUUAAAAAUUUUAUACACUUGUCAGCAAACGGUGUGGCUAAAGUAGCCGAAUACACUAAUUUGAAGGGGUGUCCACAUACUUUUGUGUGUAUAUAUAGUGUCUCUGAAGAGGAAGCUGAACCAACUAAGCCACAAUACAAAACGUAUUAAGAGCAUGUUUUGAGGAGACCGAGAACAUUACAUGCAAAUGACUAAUCGAGGAAGAUAAAUCUCUGGAAGUAUUUAUUAAAUUUUUUGUAGAAUACCCUAAAACGUGUCUACUGCGAGCCGUUUUGAGUCAUUUUCUUAGUGUUGUCUCUACUUUCAACCUGGUAAGUAUGGGAUAGAUUAAAUAGGAAAUGUUCUGGGACUAUUGUUCUUUUGACAUCUGCAGCUCCAUUUGGCUUGUUUUACUUAAAUGUCUUGUUUUAUAACCUG